AUGAAUCCCACAAUCCUUUGCGUUCUUGCUUUCGCUUUAUCAGCUGUUACUGCAGCUCCGAGGAAUCUAUUCCGAUCAAGCACGGUGCAUAAACAACAAACCACAUCACUGAGUAGACAACAAAACGUGCAACAUUCACCUCGAGUGCAGCAACUACUGACGCGCAUGCGCAAUCCAACCCAGUUAAACCUUAUCAGGAACAGGCCAACUCUAAUGAAGAAGAUUCAAAUUGAUCCGCACAGCAGGACAGUCUCUAUAAAAACUGAGGGCCAGCCGCAUAUAAUACUGAAGAGUCGCCGUAAUCUAAGACUCAAAAUUCACGGAAGGGGAGGGGAACCAACAAAGGUCAUCAACGUUAUGUUUAGAAAUCGUCCCUCACCUCAGCAACAAAGAAAAUCCAUCAUUCAACAGGAUCAACGUUCCCUCAUAAUUUCAUCAGCAUUGAAGAAUUCACCCGGUAAAACUGGACAGAAAAACACACAGGUCUUACAAGGUCAAAACAAAGGUCAAAUCGGACAAAAUGGUGUCCAUCGGAGCCAACAUGUACAAACUGGAAGCGAAUCCCAACGUCUUCUUGGUGAAUUACGUUCGACUCUUGAGCAGUUGAUACGGCAGAAACUUCUUUCCUCUAACUUCCAGAAAUCUUCCACAGCUUUGGUCACUGAGAAGGUACAAGGUAACACUGUGGACGCCGUCAGAGUUACUGCUAAUACGCAUGCGCCUGUAGAAAGUAAAACGGAAUCCACUUCUUCUUCCAUUUUUCCAAGCACAACGACAUUUCCGAUCGAUUACGAAACAGAGGAGCCAGAACAUCCCUGA